AGAGCUGAAUCAAUUGCCGGUGCCCAGACUCCUCCUCAAGCAAAUCCAGAAGACAGUACUGCAAUUACAUCUCCUCUCGUGUGUUCAUCUGAUGCUGGGAAAAGUAGUCAUACACCUGCACGUAGUACUAGUGGAACUUCUCAGCCUCCUACACAUGUUCCAGUUCCUACUUUCUAUUUAGCUCUCUAUACAUAUAGACCACUGAAAGAAGAUGAAUUGGAACUUCGGAAGGGUGAGUUGUACACUGUUAGUGAAAAGUGCCAAGAUGGAUGGUUCAAGGGAACUUCACUGAGAACAGGUCUUAGUGGAGUUUUUCCUGGAAAUUAUGUCCAAAUUGCAAAAUCUGCUGUGUUGCAACCGCACAUAGGUGUGUCUGUUGCAGGGCGGACAUCACCUGCAUCUUCGUCUACUUCUCCUCCACCUUCAAGCAGUUCAGCAUUACAGCAAAGAACAAGUUUUUCUGGUGUAACCACUGAAAAUCCGCAUUUAUUUCAUCCAAUUUCUACACAAGGUGUUAUCUAUACAAAUAGUCCCAUUACUUUAUGUGGAAGAGUGCCAGCCACUUCUACAUCUCCUGUGUCACCUGCUCACCCCGCUGUUUUAGAAUGGGCUCAUAGUAUUGCUGUGGCUGCACCAUUACAAAGGUUAUCCAGACCAGUAAGCUCAGUAGGAGCAUUUUCUCCUGCUCUGUACAAAUCAGAGAUGGCUACAAAGCAGAAUGGAUUUCCUUGUGGCCAACCAAGAUCAAUGGCUAUGCCUCCGUGGACUUCUGUUUGUGCAAUAGAUUUUAAUUCAUCUCCAUCUUCAUCUCAAAUAGUUACAGAUUUCCCAGUGAGGACUACCAGUGCCUCUCCAACGAGGAUGCUUUCGUAUCAAGCUUCCCCAAGCACUAGUAUUGGUAAUCUGAACCAGGGUGCAAUUCCUGGAAAUACCUCUUCAGAAAGUGGGGCUGUUCAACCAAGGUAUAGUGCUUCUCAACCUUCUACACCUCUGAUGAUGCCUCAUACUGCUCCUCCAAACACCAAUCCAUUUGUGACUUCUGAUAGGGUUGGAUGUUCACCACCUGUUACAAGUGUGUCUACUUGUCCAUUAUCUGCGCAAGCAACAAGCUCGCAAACAAGGAUAGAAAAGCACAAAGAAAAGAAAGAAAAAGAAAUUGUGAGUUUGAUGAAACGGCUGACGAAACGGAAAUCAAAAUCUCCCCCACCUUCAGAUUACUCUUGCGAUAAUCCAUCAUUUGUGGAUGGGACAUCAUCAUCUCAGCAGUCUCUGUCAGCUGUUCACGUUAGAUCAACCUCAUGUCCAAGUGAAGCAUUGGGCAGCCAAAAUGUCAGCCAUAAAAAGACAGGAUCUCUUGAUGGCUCAAAUGGAGAAGUUCCAAAGUCAUCUUCUAGACCGAAGCAACCUGCACCUUUAGUGCGUGAAAGGUAA